GGUUUCUUAAUUAUCUGAUUUUCGGGUGGCUGCUGUAUAGAAAUUGUGUAAAUUGUUGGUCUUUAAUUCUCUGCGGUUGUCCGGAACAAACUGCGACUGGUUGUGGACUCUGUUGCCUGAGCAAAAGUCCUUUGAAUUAAGGGAAGUGUUAGCUAUACUCUUUUCUGGGUUGACUGUGAUGGCCUCUCAGGGGUCGCACUUCAGCAAUUAGCCUUUGUUUUUAAAGUUCAAUGAAGAAUCACGUUCGCCUUUUAUAAAGAAGUACAAUACUACUAUUGAUCCUGCUGAGGCAGCUUUUUGACGCGGAAGAGAAAAGGUAAAGAAAAGAGGCUACUACCUAUUAGGUGGAAGAGAGAAGAAAUAGGAGGAGAAACCAUCUACGUCCUCUGUAACUACGGUUCUUGGCUUCUUUCAGAUUUUCAAUUUUCUCAGAACCUCUAUCCUCAGUUGACCUCUCGAUUUGAGCAACGUGUAAAAAGAACAGAAAAGGCAGUGAUCAUGGGCUACGCACAGUUGGUUAUUGGCCCUGCAGGCAGUGGAAAGUCCACUUACUGCUCUAGUUUGCAUCAACAUUGUGAGACCACGCGGCGCACUAUCCAUAUUGUCAACUUGGAUCCUGCUGCCGAGAACUUUGACUAUCCAGUGGCUAUGGACAUCAGAGAACUCAUCUCACUGGAUGAUGUUAUGGAAGAACUAGGUCUCGGACCAAAUGGUGGCCUUAUGUAUUGCAUGGAACAUCUCGAAGAAAAUUUGGAUGAGUGGCUGACAGAAGAGUUGGACAACUACUUGGAUGAUGACUACCUAGUGUUUGACUGCCCAGGCCAGAUUGAACUUUUUUCACAUGUUCCUGUGCUGAAGAACUUUGUGGAACACCUAAGGCGUAAAAAUUUUAAUGUUUGUGUUGUGUAUUUACUUGAUUCUCAGUUUAUCACAGAUGUGACCAAAUUCAUAAGUGGUUGCAUGGCUUCACUCUCUGCUAUGGUUCAACUUGAACUACCCCAUGUUAACAUUCUCUCAAAAAUGGAUCUUGUUACAAACAAAAAGGAUGUUGAGAAUUACUUGGAUCCAGAGCCUCAGCUGUUACUCGCAGAGUUGAAUNCCCGUUUAGCCCGAACCUGA